AUGUCUGGUGAGCAGCACAUGGAAGAAGAGAAUGUAACACUGCUGACAGAGUUUGUUCUCACAGGGCUCACAGAUCAUCAAGGGCUGCAGGUGCCCCUGUUCCUGCUAUUCUUAAUGAUAUAUCUCAUCACUCUUGUGGGGAACCUAGGUCUGAUUGUUCUCAUCUGGAGUGACCCCAACCUGCAUAUCCCCAUGUACUUUUUCCUUGGGAGUUUGGCUUUUGUGGAUGCCUGGAUAUCAUCCACAGUGACUCCUAAUAUGUUAUUUGAUUUGUUAUCCAAGAACAAGAUGAUAUCACUUUCUGAGUGCAUGAUACAGUUUUUUGCCUUUGCAUUUGGUGGGACCACAGAAUGCUUUCUUUUGGGUACAAUGGCUUAUGAUCGUUAUGUGGCCAUAUGCAAACCAUUACUUUAUCCAGUUAUUAUGACCAACAGACUAUGCAUCCGCCUACUAGUUUCAGUAUUCGUAGGUGGCUUUCUUCAUUCCUUGUUUCAUGUAUUGUUUUUAUUCAGAUUAACCUUCUGUAAUUCUAACAUAAUCCAUCACUUUUAUUGUGAUAUCAUACCAUUGUAUAAUAUUUCCUGUACUGACCCUACUCUUAACCUUCUAUUAGUAUUUAUUUUGUCUGGCUCAAUACAGGUAUUCACCAUUAUGACUGUCCUGGUUUCAUAUACACUCGUGCUGUUUACAAUUUUAAAAAUGAAGUCUCUCCAAGGUAUAAAGAAGGCUUUCUCCACCUGUGGUGCCCAUCUCUUAUCUGUGUCUUUAUAUUAUGGGCCUCUUCUCUUCAUGUAUGUGCUCCCUGCAUCUCAACAAACAGAUGGGCAAGGUAUGAUGGACUCUCUGUUUUAUACAGUCAUAAUUCCUGUGCUAAACCCAAUUAUCUACAGCCUGAGGAACAAACAAGUCACAGAUUCACUGAAAAAAAGAUUAGAGAGGCAUGUUUAG